GGAGAAGCAGUGGAGCAGACAAUAAACGUUGGUUUUUUCUCUCCUUGGUUAUCCAUGUGCCUGUGUUGUUGAUGAGUACAGAAUGGUUUCCAACAAAGGCGAGACAACAAUUGAUAUCGAGUUUGAGACGGGGUUGGAGAAGAAGACGAUUCAGGCGUACGCACACCGGGUGAAGCAUGAUAAGACGGAAGCGAAGUAUGAGGCAGAGUUUACAGUUCCGGAGGAUUUUGGAGAGGUUGGAGCUGUCCUUGUGGAGAAUGAGCACCACAAGGAGAUGUUUUUGCAGAAUAUUGUCCUUGAUGGUUUCUGCAAUGGACCGGUUGAUGUGAAUUGUGAAUCUUGGGUUCACUCCAAGUAUGACAACCCCCAAAAGAGAGUCUUCUUCACCAACAAGUCAUAUUUGCCAUCAAACACACCUAGUGGACUGAGGCGGCUAAGAGAGGAAGAACUUGUGAUUUUGAGAGGAAAUGGACAAGGAGAGCGCAAGACUUUCGAAAGGAUCUAUGAUUAUGAUGUUUACAAUGAUCUUGGCGACCCGGAUAGUAAUCCCAGUAAGAAAAGACCGGUAUUGGGGGGGAAAGAAUUCAAAUAUCCUAGGCGUUGCCGAACAGGACGCCAACGUUGUAAAACAGAUCCAAAUUCCGAGGUAAGGAGCAGCAGUGUCUACGUGCCCAGGGACGAAUGCUUCUCUGAAGUUAAGCAGCUAACGUUCUCUGCAAAGACGGUGUAUUCGGUGCUUCACGCGGUGGUGCCGUCGCUAGAGACCGCGCUUGUGGACGCUGACCUCGGAUUUCCGUACUUCACGGCCAUAGAUCAGUUGUUCAAUGAGGGGAUUAACUUACCGGCCCUUCAAAAGCAGGGGUUUUGGAGAGACCUUCUUCCCCGGCUUCUCAAGGCCAUCUCUGAUGGACGUGAAAGUUUGCUGCGAUUUGAGACUCCUGAAACGAUGGAUCGGGAUAAAUUCUUUUGGUUUAGAGACGAGGAAUUUGCUCGGCAGACCCUCGCUGGUCUCAACCCAUGUAGCUUACAGUUAGUCACGGAAUGGCCAUUGAAGAGCAAAUUGGAUCCCAAAAUUUAUGGACCUGCAGAAUCUGCAAUCACUACUGAAAUGAUUGAGCAAGCAAUCAAGGGUUUCAUGUCUGUUGAGGAGGCUAUAAAACAAAAAAAGUUGUUCAUCUUGGAUUACCAUGACUUUUUAUUACCAUAUGUCAAGAAAGUGAGAGAGCUCAAAGGGACGACACUAUAUGGAUCAAGAACACUGUUCUUCUUAAACCCAGAUGAUACUUUAAGGGCUUUAGCCAUCGAGCUGACUAGACCCCUCAUUAAUGGGCAGCCACAGUGGAAGGAAGUGUUUACUCCUGCUUGGCAUUCCACUAGUGUUUGGCUCUGGAGGCUUGCAAAAGCUCAUGUUCUUGCUCAUGAUGCUGGAUAUCACCAGCUUGUCAGUCACUGGUUGAGAACUCACUGUUGCACAGAACCUUACAUAAUUGCUACCAACCGACAACUCAGUAGGAUGCAUCCCAUCUAUAGAUUGCUUCAUCCUCAUUUCCGAUACACAAUGGAGAUCAAUGCACUGGCUCGAGAAGCUCUAAUCAAUUCUGAAGGGAUCAUUGAGACCUCGUUCACGCCUGGGAAGUAUUCUUUGGAGGUCAGUGCCGUUGCCUAUGACUUGCAAUGGCGAUUUGACCACCAGGCACUGCCUGCAGAUUUAAUUAGUAGGGGAUUGGCUGUUGAGGACCCAUCUGCUCCUCAUGGCCUAAGGCUAACGAUUCAAGACUACCCCUUUGCCAAUGAUGGUCUUCUUCUCUGGGAUGCCCUCAAACAAUGGUUUACUGACUAUGUCAAUCACUAUUACCCAGAUGCAAGUUGCGUAGAGUCUGACAAAGAGCUUCAGGCAUGGUGGACUGAAAUCCGAACAGUUGGGCAUGCUGACAAGAAGGAUGAACCAUGGUGGCCUGUCCUCAAGACCCCAGAGGACCUAAUUCACAUUGUUACAACUAUGGCAUGGGUGGCUUCAGGUCACCAUGCAGCUGUAAACUUUGGCCAAUAUGCGUAUGGAGGCUACUUCCCUAACAGACCAACAAUUGCUAGAAUCAAGAUGCCUGUUGAAGACGGGAACGAGGAAGAAUGGAAAUUCUUCUCUACGAAACCUGAAGUGCUGCUUCUGCAAACCUUCCCUUCACAGAUUCAAGCAACUAGAGUGAUGGCAAUUUUGGACGUGUUAUCAAAUCAUUCUCCGGACGAGGAGUACUUGGGAGACAAAACAGAACCGGCAUGGAAUGAGAUUCCUGCUAUAAAGGGCGCAUUUGAAAGAUUCAAUGGGAGGCUGAAGGAAAUUGAAGGGACUAUUGAUGCAAGGAAUGGAGAUAAAUGUUUCAAGAACAGAACUGGAGUUGGGAUAUUGCCAUAUGAGCUUUUGAAGCCUUUCUCUGAGUCUGGAGUUACUGGAAAGGGUGUUCCUUACAGCAUCUCCAUCUGAAGUUAGUAACCUCAUGUCAAGGAAGAAAUUCAGACAAACAGAAGAAAUAAAUUGGAUGCAGAUAAUAAUGAUCUUCUAGGAGUAUGUAGGCCAAGUGCCUUCCUUACAUUCAGUGCUUGAGCACCGCCUUAUGUACCAUGCAAAAUUGCAAAUGCAAUGACUGAGAGU